AUGGCCUCUCCAACAUCCAUACCACCUCCCAUCACAAUUACUCCGACAUUGGAAGCUGUAACGCGGUCUGACCUGCACGAGCAUCGUCGAAGAUUCAUUGGGCCACUGCCUGAGCGAGCCCUUUCAGCUGAGCUCAAAUCUAAGGGGAAGCGGAAGAGGGCAUGCAGGAAGUCUAUCACUACCAGCGCAAACGGCUCUGAGACCAGUGACGACGACUCGGACUCCAGUCUCCACGACGCGAUCCACCACCAUGCGUUCCAGUUCUUCGUCGGGCACGGAGGGAGGAGAGAGGACUGGGACGAGGACAAGGAAAGGCACAUUCGCGCGGAGAUGGUACAGCGGUGGAGGGAGAGCGAGUGGGGAAAGGUGCGCAGCGAGCACAAGGACUCUGCAAGACCCGCUACGCAGUGGAUUGGAACCUCUUUUGAUAUCGGAGUCUUCCUAGGCAUGAACAUCCUCGCAGACAGCCCUCCGCAGCAAGUUGCCAGCCCAGUUGCUGAGGCCGCAUCCUCCCGGCGUGCGGCUCCUUCUGCCGGUCCAGAAACGUUCGUGACGGCUCCAUCUUGCUUCAGUGCCGCUAGAACACCUCAGAGUGGAAGGCUGCCAUCUCUAGUUGCUGGUGAAAGCAGUCAAGGUUACAACAAUGCGUCAUCAUCGGGGAAGCAACUACUCAAUUACAGCAAGUUGGCUGGACCAAACAGUGCCAACUCCUCCACUCCAUUGCUACGAUCUUCUCUUGAUGUGCGACAAGAACGACCUGGUCAAAUCCCUUUCGAGGAAACAAAUGUCUCGUCUCUAAACAAGGGAAAAGCGAGAAUGGUUCAUUAUUCCGAAGUAUCCGCGGAUGAACGUCCAAUAUCUCCACUGAAAGUUCUUGCUCGGAGUGGAGAAGCUGUACAGGAUUCAAGUGCCGGCGCUGCUGAACAAGCUACUGCAGAGAAUCAAGUCGAAUGGGGAGAAGUCAUCAUGAGAGAUCGGAUGUUUGUCCGAAUGUGCUAUUCAGAACAACCACUCCCCUCGCCCAAUUUUGACGAAUCGCAUCAUCGUACAACAAGGAAUUUGGAGAACGAGCGAUGGAUCGAGUACAUCGUCGCUUGGCGAAAGGACAGACUGGAGUUGUACAAGGACCAUUUUACCCCUGGCAAGGACUGGCUACUUGGUCGUAAAGAGCUAAAUUACGUCAUUCCUCUAGGCUCCCCUCAAACACGGCUGUCUCUAUAUUCUUUCGUUGAUUCAACGUUCUGUCUUCUCUGUCCGCCAACGUCGCCGCACAGCGACACGAAACGGCUUCGGCAUCUCCUUGGGACAAAGGGAGGCACUAACAUUUUUAUCUUCAAGCAUAAAAGCCGCACCAGGGCAAUUGACUGGAUAUGGAAGCUCUGGCGACAUCUGGGAGGUCGGCUGCCUCCGUAUGUCGAUAUACGGUGCCCAGCUAUAGAUACCCACAUCAGUAUUGAUAUACCCCACUACGACGGCGCGGACAUCGCUGCAGCUUAUACAGUGUUCAAUAAGCAGAACAUAAUCAGCCUAUGUGAGCACAGGCUGAAAACCGUGCACGAAUAUAAGACCUUAAUCGAGGAUAAGUUAGCGGAAGGGGCCAGGAUGGAGAUGGCAUGGCGGUUUGAGACAAGCCUGGAUUGGGUGUGGCAGCUAGACGACGUGCAGGGGAAGCCACGAGAAUGGGCUGUACUGUGCGGCUUAGCUUUGAAGCAGUCUAGGAGAGCAUCGCAUCUGGAGAUCCGCCUGAAGGAGCAUUUACCUUCCCACCUGCAUCUUAAUGACGGCACUCGUUUGGACGAACCACCUGCGGUGGAGGGCUACCUGGAACGCGUCAAGCCGAAUUCACAGCUUAGGCAGGCCGUGUACCUCACGACCCACGGUGGCUAUCUGUUUGCAGUUAAUCGGUCACAUGCGAAUCAUCCUCUGCCCCGCGAUCUUACUCUGAAUCGGUACGGAAUCGAUGACGUCGACGCUAUCCGCAGGGCAGAAGUGCAGCGAGGAAUGAGACAGGUACUUCAUACUACCGGUAUGACGGAUCUGAGGGGCAUCGUAGCUGUGCGAAGGGCAUUUCAGCUAGUGCCCCAGCAUGCCGCUGCACCUGAAAGCGAGGCAGCGAGUUGGGAGGACACGGGCGACUUCUGGCAGGAUGUGGGGAGAUCAGAAAGUGAUGAGGAGGAUGCUGGCGGAGACGAAGGUAUGGCGAACGCCCAUGACAAGUCUACGUUGCGGAUGAGGAGAUCCUUCGAGCUGCUCAUGAUGACGGGACACGUCGUCAGAUUUGAGGCAUACUCUUGCCAGACAGCGCUGGAGUGGAUCGUGCGCCUUCGUCCGCUUGUCUCGUACUGGAAGAAACGACACAAGGUAGACGCGCGCCAGGAGAUGGACAUAAGCCACUUCAGCACAGGACGCGAGCGUAUCACACCGAAGAGACGCAUCGAUGAGAAUGAAGACUCUCCGCCAGAGCCUAUCCCCGAUCCAGACACCUCCUUACCGGAACUCGGCUCUUUCUUCAACUGGUGCGUCCUGGAAGGUUGCCGUCCUCUCCUCAAGUGCGGCAAGAUUUAUGCGCGCCAAGGUCUGCGGGGACAGUACCUACACAUGCAACUCGUCCUCAUCUCGGGCAACCUCGUUCAGUAUCGCAUCACGGGCAGACCGUCGCUGCAUCAUCGCAAACACAAGGUAAUCAGCCUUCUGGACGCGUACGUGUGCUCUGGCUACCUCGCUGCACAAUACCUGCCGGACGGUCAAUACGACCCCAACACGCCGCCAGCCGCUCGACGUUAUCAAGACGGGCUGGAGGCAGAUGACUCAGAGGAAGAUACCCUAUUCCUGGUGUGGUAUCGGAAAUCUGGGAGAACCGACACGCUGAGCCCCGGUGGGCCUGCUGCCGAAGUACCCCCGCUGUCUGGUAAGAGAAAGCUGGAGAUAUUUCGGACUAGGAGCAAGCUGGAGAGGGACGCUUGGGUGUGGGCCAUCAACUCGGCGAUCGAGAAGGUCGUGCGAGCUUCUCAGACUUGGGAGGAUAGAUUGAGGGAGGCAGGUCAACUACUGAAGCCUUAA